AUGGGUUUUGUUCUGAUCCUUACUUUCCUCGUGUUUUCCUCCUUCAUUUUUGUCCCAUUUCAUCGUGUCCGCCGAUCUGCCACGUGUACAGAAGGAGGGAGCGGGUGGAGCCUGCUGGGGCAGGGCAUGCUAGAGGCGGUGGGGAAGGUGCUCAGCUUCGAGGAGCGGCAGAAGGUGUCGGAAGAUCUCAAGGAAUCCGGCGACGACGACCACGAGGCCGAGGCGGUUGUAGCCACAGCUCCCCCCGGCAGCGCAAGAGCCACAGGCGACAUGGCAGCAGCAGCGGCCGCAGCAGCUCUAAAACCCCGCGGAGGGGGCAGCUCGAGCAGCACAGCAGCCGGCGCUGCAGACGACAACCCUCUGAAGAACAAGACCAUGGCGGAGCUGAGCGCGCUAGCUGUGGGUGUGACUGUAGAGCGCGUGCCUCUAUCGGGGUUCAUGGGUGUGGAUGGACGGCUGGGGAUCACGGAUGGGAGCUGCCAGGCCACGUCGGGGGAGAGGGACUGUUUGCCGCAUGGCAUCUGCAUCAACGGGAAAUGCCAGUGCACCCUCCCCUAUCAAGGUGACUUCUGCCGCUCCGCUCGGCGCCCCUUUGUCCGCAAGAAGUCAACCUACGACGGCCGCUUUGUGCUGAGCGUGAGACACGUGCGCAAGGCACACGGGGUCAAGUACCCUCUCACGCCCUCCCCUGGCUCCUACGCUGCUACCAACGCUGCUGCUGCUGCUGGCACGGAGGGAGGCGCGGAGGAGGAGAAGGAGAAGGAGGGCGAGGGCGCGGCGUUUUUCGAGGCUCCGUUUUUCACUGCGGGGAAGGUCAACCGUGUGGUGUGGGGCAACCUGCAGAAGGGCAAGCUGAUGGAGCUGGAGCCGAUGGUGUCUCAGGCGCUGCUGGAGCAUCUGCCAGGCAGCGACCUGCUGCAGAACGCGCUCUUCAAUUCGUGCGCCAUCGUGGGCAACUCGGGCUUUAACCUGCUGUUUAGGGACGGGCAACUGAUCGACAGCCAUGACGCCGUAUUCCGACUCUUUGACGGCCCCACUGUGGCGCGCAGUGGAGAGGGAGCAGCAGCAGUGGCGGUCGAUUUCACGGCGUUUGUGGGGCGACGGGCCACCAUGCGAGUGGUGGAUGAGGACACCAUCGGGUUCAGCGAGGGGGGCGAAAUCACCCUCAUGAACGUCGCCUCUAAAAAGGGCUUCUACGGACAUUUCCAGUUCCUGAAAGAGCAACCAGAUGCCAAGUCCUUCCUGUUCGACCCCGAGUUUUCCACCCAUGUCACUGACAACAUCGGUUCCAUGCCCUCCCCCCUCGCCAUGACGCUCUUCCUCGCUCUCCAGAAAUGUGCGUCACUGGACGUGUUUGGGGUGCACUGGCGGCCAGGAUACGGAGUGCCAGAGCUGUACUAUAGAGAGACGGACUCUGACGCGGAUGUGGUGUACCAGCAGCCAGCCGACCUGCAGCUAGUGGAGACCCUUGCACGCCUGAACCUUGUUGGGCUGGGCCAGCCCUGUGUGAUUGGCUGUGAGGCCGAGACGCGCAUUCGCUGCGACUCAUGCUCUGCUGGCAGCUCCUGCGCCUGCGGCCGCCACAACCCGCUGCCCGUCGCGCUGCCCGGGUUCUGCCACCUGCCCGGAAACUACACGUGCUUCUUCCGAUGUGACGGGAAGUGGGGCAACACAUGCCAGGGUGGGCCUGGCAGCAGCCUCUGCCCGGACGACUUUGACAUCACCGGGCGGCAGUGCUCCACGCCUGCAGAUACGCCUCCCCCAGAAGAGGCCCCGUGGUGGGCGCGGCGCGGGUCGAUGCGCGAGUUUGACUCCAAGUUUGAGCGCGCGUACCGACAGCUGCGGAAGCAGAAGAUCCGAGAGGCCAAGGAGAGGGCCAGGACUGCCAGGGCUGCGCGGCUGAAGAAGAGAGAGGAGAGAAGCAUGCGCCAGCAUGGGAAUGAAGCCAGGCCAGGAGAUUCAGGUGCUUCAGGUGGUUCAAGUGGUUUUUCAGGUGGCACAACAGAGGAGCACGUGUGCUGGACGUCAUCAGGAGACUACGAGGCCCCAUCGGGCGUGGUGAUUCACGGUCGUGGCUGUUCUUCCUCGCAUCCCGUCCCACCCCUCUCCACCCAUCUUUAUUACCUGCCUUUCACACAUACAGACUACGAGGCCCCAUCAGGCGUGGUGAUCCACGGUCGUGGCUGUUCUUCCUCGCAUCCCGUCCCACCCCUCUCCACCCAUCCUUAUGACCCGCCUUUCCCACACACAGACUACGAUGCCCCAUCAGGCGUGGUGAUCGACGGUCGUGGCUGCUGCUCCUGCCUGGUCUCCAUCCCACCCUUCUCCACCCAACCCAACCCCUCUUCCUCCACACAUACAGACUACGAGGCCCCAUCAGAGUACGAGUCCCCAUCAGGGGUAAUCAUUCACGGCUCUGGCUGCUCUGCCUGCCUGCGAGGGCAGCGCUGCUCCUUCCUCGUCUCCAUCCGCCCGCCCGCCCACUGGAUAGCGCCGGAGCAAGCAGACAAGGGCAGCAGCAGAAAGCACACGUGGUGGCAGAGGGAUCUCUCUCUGCUGCUCCGCGGCCCAGCGCUCGCCCACGGGGACGUGCGGUGCCUUGACCCCCCGUCUUGGAGAAGCGCAGUGGAGAGGCAAGGGCAGCAGCAGCAAGCACACGUGGUGGCAAAGGGAUCUCUCUCUCUGCUGCUCCGCGGGCCAGCGCUCGCCCAUGGGGACGUGCGGUGUGUCGACCCGCCCCACUGCCUGGACUUAUCCGUUUCGUACCGUGUGUGGGACAUUGGGGAAUACUGGGCUACCCUUAACGUGGGCUGUGCUAAUCUCAACUUCUCAGCAGCUUCCUUGCAUCAUCUGCACUCCACGCAGCAAAACACCCUCACUUCCUGGCCAAUCACCAUCCACCCUCGCUUCCGACCCAACUCCCCGAGCCUACCUGCCGAACCUCUGCAUCGAGCCUCUGAUUCUCCAAACCUGGGCCCCAGGCUCGGCAGCUCGCCUCUCCGAACCUCGCUGUUGGAGUCGCCGCCGGCAGGCUUUCCCCGGAGCUUGGAAGAGGAGAGGAAGCUUCCUGAGAGCCCUUGUGCUGCUGCGACGGUUCCAGGAAGAUGGGUGAAGGACGAGGGAGGAGAGGGGUACAGAUGGUCCUUCCCCUGCUCGCCUAAGGGGCUCCCCCCCUCUCAGUGCAUCUAUUUUGAGUCGAAUCAGAAAUCCUUCCCACUCUCCCCCUCCUCCGUUCCCCCCCUCCUCCGUUACCCGUCUCCCCUUUUCAGAUGGUCCUUCUUCCCUUGCUCGCCUAAGGAGCUCCCGCCCUCUCAGUGGAUCUCAGCCCUUGAUCGCCGCGGCAUCCAGGAGAUCUCGAUCGUUGGCGAUUCGCAUCAACGGUUCCUGACAGCCCACCUGUUCUUCCUUCUCACGGGGGGGGAUAUGAAUGAGAUAGAAAAGGGGCGUACUGUUAAUGAGACUCGGGUGUACAUCGCGAGGGAUGAGAUGAAUAGAACUCUGAAGAUCAACUUUUACUGGAUUGCUGGAGUCUACGAGGACUGGGAGAACGGGUGCAGGUGA